AUGUGCGAGACUCCACGGCCGGCGUCUCCCGUUCCUACACCUCCACGUUCGACUCCGUCGAGACCCCCACCCACGGGGAACUCCGUUGAGACGAACAAGGAAGUUGGUGUUGCGAAACGGAAGGCCGCCACUCCCCCGAGUGACCAGCCAGCCAAGGCACGGCCUUCCGCCUCUGGUCGAGGCAGGGACUUUGCCACAUGGAGUCUCGCUGUCAUGGACUACUUCAAAAUGUUGUUGCUUGGGAUGUUUCUGUUCGUGCAGCUGACAGAAAACACAGGUUUGAGUCCAACACAGAUUAAGUAUUAUGAUGUUAACCUAAACGUGGACAAUUGUGCUGUCCCUGUAGACAAAGGACCUGCUAUAUGUCGACAUCCUUCUGAGACUCCAGGGAUGUCCCUGACUCAGUCUGAUGGGUAUCUGCUGUCCGAGUAUUCCGAGUGUGUCGUAGACAACGCCUGUUUUACCUGUGUACGAGGGUCCUGGGUCACGUCUCAAUGUCAGCAUGAUUAUGACUACCGACAAAAGCGAUUUUUUUGGUUUGUGGCUGGCGUUGUUGCAUGUCUUAUGUUUUGCGGUGGCGGUGGUGGCGGUGGUGGCGGAAAUGAAUAUAAGCCUCCCAAGUUUACAAAAUGUGCAGGUCCUGAAUCUGUCAUCUACACUCCCAAGGGAAAAAGGGCUGCUAUUGUCACGUGGACAACACCGACUUAUGAAAGCGGAAGUGCCGGAGAACCAACCCUCAGUCUUGCAUCAACAUCGGGAAGUUCUGGAAACGACUUUAGUGUCAGUCAUUAUACAAUAGUCUAUGAACUUGUUGACCAAAAGGCAUUCACAAAGACAUGUUCAUUCUCCUUUGAAGUUAAAGUUAGAUCAUGUCCAUGGCCCUAUCAACCAAACAAUGGCCAGAUCAAUUGUGGGAGAUAUGACGUCAUCUAUGGUGACACAUGUCGUCUGUCGUGUGAUACGGGAUACCAACCUUCAGGUUACACUGUUGCCACUUGUCAGAGUAACGAAAACUAUGACGUCAGUCUGGCCAGUUGUCAACCCAAACAAUGUCCACUUCUGUCGAUACCAGACAAUGGAAAGGACUACCAGUGCUCGGAUGGAAACAACUACAACAGCCGAUGUGUGCUGAGCUGUAAGCCCGGAUUCACCCGUUCACCAAUGCUAACUGUCUGCGAAGUUAACCAGAACUGGAUGCUACCCCUUCCAGAAUGUACAGAUACUCUAAGACCCGAAUUCAAUAACUGUCCAUCAGCGUCUAUCCAAGCCUACGCAGACAGGGGUAAAACAACGGCCGUUGUUACAUGGAAUCCACCAACAGCGACAGACAACUCUGGAACGGUGACAGUGCAGCAGGUUGAUGGACUCCGACCUAACCAGACUUUCAGCGAAGGAAGCAGCACGAUAAAAUACACCGCCACAGACCCUUCAGGAAACACAGCUCACUGUGCAUUUGCAGUGAAUGUCGUCACUUUGACAUGUGACUAUCCUGAUUUUGGUGACAGCAAUCUGCACUUCGACUGCACUCACGGAUACAGAUACGGAUCACAGUGCUCUGUUUCCUGCAAGGCUGGACUUCCACUGAACGGAACUAACACAAUCGUCUGUGAGAAGGACAACUCCAUCCCUCCAGUCACAUACUGGGACCUGGGAGGCGAAAUUAGGCCACACUGCAUAAAGAGGCCAUGUCAGGACCUAAAGCGCCCAAAGAAUGGUGCACUUGCUUGUGAUACCAGCGUAUCAAGUUUCUAUUGCUCUAUGUCGUGUCAGGAAAACUGGGACAUACCUCGGUUGGCUAAACCCGUGGAUUUGUAUAUCUGUGGCUGGAGUACGGGCAGAUGGGCACCAACAUCAGAUAUUCCCGACUGUACUGAGAAAUUCACAGCUGGCAAAAUGCGCCUGAGUUCAGAAUUAUAUUACUAUUCUGGAUCAUGUGGUGACAACUCCACACUGGAUGAAAUCAAGGGAAACUUUGUAAAUAUUAUGAAUGAUAAGGGUAUUUGGGUUGUGAGCUGUUCGACAUGCACGGUGGAUAACGUCGUUGUUUUCUGUGGAGAGGGACAAUCAAGGCGCAAACGAAGAAGCACAGAUACACACACCGAGAUGAAGCGAUCUGCAGAGACACAGACAGUCAUAUCAUGGGACUGGGUUGUUCCAAUCGACGGCGACACCGUUUCAGCUAUCACUACAGCAGAUGGAUUUCUGAUGGCUCUCGCAGAUCGCAUGAACAACUUCGUUCAAAACAAUGAUAGUGCGAUCAGUCUGACUGGACUUGAACUCAGAUCCAAUUCGUACGGAUAUGAUGAAUCACACCUUGUCUGCCCUCUAGGGUACUCGGAGAACUGGGCAAGAGGAACGUGCUCUCCCUGCCCCACUGGUACGAUGUAUGAUAAAACUAACGACGUCUGCUCGAGUUGUCCCACUGGGUUCUACCAAGACGAGGCUGGACAGUUUGAGUGUAAAACGUGUCCCACAGGUACCACGACCGUGAUCACCGGCGCCAGGACUCGCGACAACUGUACUGAAGUCUGCUCUGCUGGUCAUUUCUCCAGUAAUGGUGUCGUACCUUGUGACGGUUGUCCAAUUGGACAAUACCAGCCGAAUUCCGGAUCAAAGAACUGUCUGUCAUGCGACUAUGGCACCACGACCACUAACACUGCUACAACUGAUCCUGACGCCUGUCAGGAAUUCGACAUUAGAGUCGAGGGUCCAGCACUGGUAUCAUCUACGGUAUCCCUUCAAAACAGCACUGAUGAUUUCACCAUUGCUCUGUGGUUUGCCACUGGUGCUGAAGCAAAUCUAAGAAUCAAACAGUCUGACGAAAGUUACCCAUUCCAACGUCUCAACGUGCUAGGAAAUAAUAUCACGGACGUCGUGUUACCUUCAUCAAGCUGGGCCCAUGUAUCCAUCGUGUUUGCAUACACAGAUAAAUUAGUGACUGUGUAUAACAAUGGGGAAGUGUCUUUAUCAAAAACUCUUGCAUCUGUACCUACACCAGCAGUUGAUUCUGGUUCCCGCCUGGAAAUCAUUGCACAAGCCGACGCUGUUAUGACAAUGAGGUCCCUGUUCCUUCUUCCCACUGCCUUGUCUGCUAGUGACGUCCGGACUCUGGCUAGUUCUUGUGGAAGUAAACCGAGUGAUUUUGCCCUGUCUCUGAUUGACCUCUCAGGCGGCGAUUCACCACGAUCUGUCCGGGUGAUCAUCCCAAGUACUUGUGAUGCUGUUGACGAAUGCCAGCAGAACUCACCUUGUAACGGACACACCUGUAUAAACCUGCCAGGUAGCUACAGGUGUGAAUGUCAGGACGGAUUUUCUGGGUCAGACUGCUCAGUUCCUCCGGAUUUUUGUGCAGACAACAAAUGUGAACAGGGAACGUGUGAGAACAGAACAAAGGACUACGUGUGUAACUGCUAUGAUGGGUUUAAAGGACAGUUGUGUGAAGUGAAAAUAGUAAACGGCGAAUGGAAUAACUGGUCUGACUGGGAUGUGUGUUCUCUGACUUGUGGAUAUGGAACUCAGACGAGGAGAAGACGAUGUGACAACCCUGCACCAACUCAACCUGAAGGAAAGAAUUGUAGUGGUUCAGGUUCACAGACACGUGCCUGUAACACAGUCGACUGUCCGGUUUGUCGUUCGACUGCUGUCCGGAAUGGAUUAGGAUCUAGAGCUCAGUGUAACGGAACCGAGUCUUCCUUAGACUGUGUAUCGGUGUGCAGAAACCCGAAUCACGUGGUCGAUCCAUUUGACAAACAAGUUGUGCGCUGCAGAGAUGGAAUCUGGGAUGCUGAACGGCCGAAGGUGGCUUCAUGCACCAAAAUCAAUGCCCCAUCUGUCGCAACGGUUACUACAACUGCGACAUACCAGACAGAUUCGUGUCUGUCCCAAACCUCACUUUCUGGUAUUGAGUCGUCUGUACACCAAAAUACCGCCACUCUAGCAUGCAGUUCACAUUCUUCAUGCCAGACAAAUGUUCAGGCAGUCGGCUGUGGUGACAGUUACAGAGGAAGAAGAUCGAUUUUAACAACAGUUGUCAUUAAUAUAACUAUAAAUAUUAUCGAAGGUGACCUUCAACUUGGAGACUUUCUGGCAACACAAACAAUCAGUCAGCCUCUACAGUCUUUGAUUAAUGCAAUAAACAUUUUGGAAAUGUCAGCAAAGCAGAUCCAAAACGACACUUCAAUAUUCCUUGCAAGAGUUAAUGGAGUCGAGUAUUCGGUACUGAAAGAGAGUGUAACCACGGCAACAGGAUUGCACUGUCCAACAGGGACCGCUGCCAGAGAUAUCUAUUGUGUGUACUGCGCACCAGGAGCCUACAGCCAGGGAGACGAAUGCAAGUUUUGUGAAGUGGGCUCCUAUCAGGAUGAAAUAGGACAAACUGAAUGUAAGCGAUGUCCGCCAGGGAAAUCUACACAGUUCAUUGGAUCAACAGAUGUUGAGGAUUGCACAGAAUCAGCUGAUAAUAAUCAUGAGACUACGGAUGACAAGAGAAACUCAAUUUGGAAAGUCGUAGGUGGUGCCCUGGGCGCUAUGGCGGCAGCAGGUCUUCUUGUGGCUAUCGUCUACAAAAUAUAUAGAAGCCACAUGACAAAGAAAGCAGGCCCCCGAAAGGACAGAGGCCGCCCAGCAAGUCAGGCUAGUACGAGCAAGGUGCUUCCUGAAGUCGUUCCUGGGUACAGCAUGGGUCCGUAUGACCACUACUACAUGGGCGAACAGCCACCUGCUUACACAGAACGUUGUCCUACUCCCAUAUAUAAUACCUGGACAACGGGAAAUUGAGCUGAAAUGUAAAAUAGUGCCAGUAAUGACAAAAUUGAAAUUUAAUUAAGGUGACACCAUCUAAAUACAUGUUUAUGCACAUAUACUGAAGUGGACAGUAUUCGGAGAAGCCUUUUUAAGUUUUACAUGUAUAAUUGAUAUAUUAAGUGUGUGUGGGUGUCAUUAUUCACCCAAAACAAAAUUCAAUUAUUUUUCGGUGUUGUUCGAAGUAUUUUUUCAUCAAAGUAGUAAAUGCCAUAUAACCGUAAAUAAAAUGUGUUGAGUGCGUCGUUAAAUAAAACAUUUCCUUUCCUUCAAAGUAGUAAAAAGCAAUCGAACUUUGUCUGAAAAAUGUUAGUGAGUAGGAAACCACAAACAACCACCCUCUUUGGAAUUGUAUGAUAUCAAGUCGUUUUUUAUGUACUUUUGAAACACGUGCAGUUUUCAGUAAAUGCUAAUUGUAAUAUACAAAAAUUAUGUGUUUUGUGUGGAUCAUUUGAAAAUGUAUCUAUAGAUCAAAAUGAAGGUAGGUUCCAUAACUUCCCCUUCCUUUUUGUAUUGGUAAUUAGUGAUAGGUAUUGCCAAUGUUUUCGUAGUGUGAUAUAUUGCGAAGACCAAUUCUCAAUUAUUAAAAUUUGUAAAGUGCUUUAAUUUCAUGUACAUUUUGUAUAACUUAAUACAAUGAUACACCUGUCAAUCAAGAUUCGUUCCGAACAAGCUAUUGUUUCUGUUUCUUUUCUUAAAUUGGCAGGGUUUCUUUGAAAAUAUAAUACGUGUGCACCAACAACACACGUACAAAAAAUAUAAGCGUAAUGUACUGGUACUGGAGAAAAAUAUCGAGAUACGUCGUAUUGUUCAAAUUUUACCGCGCAUAUCUACCGGUAAAAUGUAGGGAGAGGUAAUAAAAACAAUUCUUCGUGUUGGUUAAUCCCAAUACCGCACACGUUUUAUGCUUGAUAAAUAAUUGUUUAAACCAAUAUUGUAUGUGAAUUAUAUUAGGGUACCCUUGCCCGUAUAAAAAGGUAAUAGAUUUUUCCAGUUUCAUUAAUUAUUAUGUUUGUUUAGUUCAGAAAUGUAUUAUACAUAAUUUUAAAGUCGUUUCCGUAGAAAACAUCUUUUGGUAACAAGAAAUACAUGUUUGUAGAUAUGUAAAGCAUAAAUCUAUAAAUAAUAUUAUACGAGUGGCUAAUACAUGUAAAUACCGGCAGAAUUUCUAGUUUACCGUGCAUUCUGUACAAGGCUAGCUUGGUGAUUAAAAACCAACCUGAGGAAAAUCCAUGAAUUUCUAGUUUACCGUGCAUUCUGUACAAGGCUAGCUUGGUGAUUAAAAACCAACCUGAGGAAAAUCCAUGAAUUUCUAGUUUACCGUGCAUUCUGUACAAGGCUAGCUUGGUGAUUAAAAACCAACCUGAGGAAAAUCCAUGAACUUACCAAUAGGACAGAAUAUAAACAAUUAAAAUUGAGGUUUGACAAAAAAGUGCUAAAACCAGUUGAACUGUAUUCAUUAAUUUCUAUAUGAAUGUUAAUUCUGCUGGGUCAUUUUCAAUCUGAUCCCUUGUAACGUGCUGUGAAACACACUAAUAAGCAUCGAGUUGUUCAUUGAAGUGAUGUAUUAUUGAAAUUUUAUUAUUUUUGAAAUA